AUGAAUAACACCGCCGUCGUGUGGUGUUUACUGAGCACUGGAUCCUGCCACGAGUGGGCUGGGCGGCCCCACCUUGAUUACCACCAGGGCAGACUUCCGGACUAUUCCACGGGUAAUAACGAUGCAAGUUCAUUAAUGGACACCAUACCUCGGGUUCACGGAUAUGCGAGAGAUCAUGGUGCGACAUCGACCCCUACAAAGCCCGCAGCUCGUGCGAUACGACUGGUGGAUGUGGGGCGCAAGUAUCGAUCGCCGCGCUUACUGAUAACAUAUCGACGCCUGAUCAACUUCCAGAUGAAGGAAAUUCGCCCGGUUCUUCACGCCAACAUACCGGUUAUUCCAUACGUUCUUGAUAUUCGCGGUCACGAGGCUUCGAUUGGUGGAUUCUUUUCUGUAUUUGAAGUGGUUCUUUGA